AAACUCAAACAAACAUCAGCCAAGAAACAUAUUUUAGCAUUAUAUUAAUCAUCUUUCGUCCACUACCAGAAACCAUCUCAAAACAACUAAAAUCAUGUCUGAGGUGAAGCACCACCACCACUUUGGUCACCACAAAGACGAUGAGGAAGAGAGGCAGCCUUCCUAUGGUGAAAACACUUAUGGGGAAGACUCUAAUGAGAGGAAAAACACCUAUGGUGAUGACUCUUCUUAUGAGAGGAAAAACGCCUAUGGUGAUGACUCUUCUUAUGAGAAGAAAAACACCUACGGAGAUGACUCUUCUUAUGAGAGGAAAAACAACUAUGGUGAUGACUCUUAUGAGAAGAAAAACACUUAUGGAGAUGACUCUUCUUAUGAGAAGAAAAACACUUAUGGAGAUGACUCUUAUGAGAAGAAAAACACUUAUGGAGAUGACUCUUACGGCCAAACCGACAAGUAUGGGAGUGAAGGCGUGACCGCCGGCAUAGAACCGGAAGGGAGAACUCAUGAGGAUUACGAAAAAGAGAAAAAACACCACAAGCAUCUCGAGCAGCUCGGCGGCCUUGGCACCGUCGCCGCCGGUGCCUAUGCCUUGUACGAGAAGCACGAGGCAAAGAAAGACCCAGAGAAUGCGCACAAGCAUAAGAUAGCAGAAGAGGUGGCGGCAGCGGCUGCCGUUGGAUCAGGUGCAUUUGCAUUCCAUGAGCAUCAUGAGAAGAAGGAAACUAAGGAGGAGGAAGAAGAAGCAGAGGGUGAGGGAAAGAAGAAGCAUCACUUCUUUUAAUUACUACUCCGUAUAUAUGUGUUUUUAUUAUAAAAGACGAUCCAACUAAAUUAAAUAAUCCUUAGCUUGUACGUGUGUGAAUAAUGGGUUUGGGCUUAUGCAUGUUGAGGUGCGAGGAGGGUUUCUUUGUACCUAGCUAAGCUACUUGCUCUAGUCGUGUCUAUUGAGAUGUUUUAUUAUUCUCUAGUGUAUGUGGAUUAUAAUAAUACUAAUAUAAAGUUUAUUAUACAA